AUGAGCCCCAAAGAGGACCUGGAAGGUAUUCAACAGGAGCUGGGAACCGUGGAACAACAGCUGGCAGCGGUAAUAGAGUCCUUUAUCGAGCUGGGCGUGUCAGUGUACGAUUUUCCAGGUACUUCAGAAGCCACUCAGGGUAUGGUAACCAAUUUAAAGCGUAAUGUGGAUCGUCUGGCUAAUUUAAACAAGCAGAGCAACGAUCCAGAUUCACAAUUGCAAAAUGUAAACGUUCCGCUCGAGGUUGUGCAGUAUAUUGAGGACGGAAGAAACCCAGAUAUCUAUACCAGAGAGUUUGUCGAGGCAAUAAGAAGAUCUAAUCAAUACCAGCGAGCCAAGAUGCACGGUCUAAGGCAACUACGGGACUCUCUCGCAGAUAAAAUCGUCGAGGAGUUUCCAGAUCUAGAGCCCAGUGUUCAUAACAUCGCCCAAAGGGCUGGUUUAUCCGAUGAUACUGUGCAAAUCACGUGA